AUGUCACCGCUUCCUGCGGGGAGCGCCGCUCCCCGAGCGCCCAUCCCCGCAGGCUGCCGCUCUCCGCAGGGUACCCGGGAGAGCCGCUCUGCCCGCGGCGCUUCCAGCCUCUCCCGGGCCGCCCGGGCGGGCACGGCGGCCGUGCUCCCGCCUCUCCCCAGCAGGUGGUGCCGCAGCCCGGCCAGCGGGCCCGCUCCGCCUCUCGUCCCGCCCUGUCCCUGCCCGCUCCGCCUCUCGUCCCGCCCUGUCCCUGCCCGCUCCGCCUCUCGUCCCGCCCUGUCCCUGCCCGUUCCCGUCCCACCGGCGGAGCGCGGCACUGUCGCUCCCCGCCCCGGGGCGCAGGGACGGGCGCGACGAGGGUGCCUGCGCUCCUCUGCCGGCUUCAGAAAAGGAACAGGGAAAGGGGCAGCCAGCGGAUUGGGACCCGAGGGAGGAGAUUCCCCCCGUGCCAGCCCCGUCGUCCUGGUUUUCUGCAGAUGUGGCAUUGUUUGUCCCAAGGCAGCUUUGUCCGAGCAGGAGACGGGAUUCCUCCAACACCUGACGGAGGACAGAGCACUACGUGAAUAUUCGAAUCCCUCCCCGGACACUGUUCUGUCUACUCAGAGUUCUUCCAACAGCGGACAGGAUGGGGACCGCAUGAAUAUUCAGAGAAAGAGAAAGAAACAAAAGAAACCUAGCUCCGGGCAAGAAAAACAGUAUAUAACCACGGCUCACCAUACGAACUUUGUGAACUCCACAGAUCUGAUGUGAGAGGGGGUCAGAACUGUGUUCACCCAGUGCCGAGUCCCGGGCUCAACGCUGUCCCUUUGACUGUGGCUCGCAGAGAUUGUAUUUUGAUUCGCGAAAUAAAAUCUAUUUCCUUUUUAUUUUAAGCUGGCUUUCUCAAAUUAUUGAUUGGCCUGAUCUGGUUGUUGCCUAUAACAAUUCUAUGAAAAUAUAUAGUUAAUGUGUAUGUACAAAUACAUUAAGUUUAUGUAUACUUUAAAUAUACAGUUCAAUCAGCAGUUUCACUGUAUAUCAAUUAAAGUAUUCUGUGAAUAAUUUGCAAACUGUAAUAUAUCAAAUGAAAAAUAUCUGCUUAA